UUUUCCUCUUGGUUCCGCUGAGUGCUGAGCUGUCAGAGGAAACGAACCCGCAGGACUCUAAUGGCUAAAGUCGAGCUGGCGCCGCUCAGGUCGUGGGAUGACUUCUUCCCCGGCUCGGAAAGGUUCGCCAAACCGGACUUUGGAGACAUGGCAAGGUGGAACAACCGAGUUGUCAGCAACCUGCUUUAUUAUCAGUCUAAUUACCUGGUGCUCGCCAUUGCUGUGUUCCUCAUUGUUGGGUUCCUCAACCCGGUGGGGAUGUUCACGGCAGCGGCGGUGGUGUCGGCCGUCUUCCUGGGCUCCGUCUGGGCCGGAGAGAACCGAGCCGUGAUCAAGAACUUCAAGAGGCAGAACCCAACGGCGUUCGUGAUCGUCGUCAUGGUGGCCAGCUACAUGCUGAUUUCUCUGCUCGGCAGUGUCAUGACGUUUAUGACAGCAAUCACUUUACCGCUGACUUUGAUAGUCGCACACGCUUCGUUUCGCCUGCGCAACAUGAAGAACAAGAUGGAGAACAAGAUGGAAGGCGCGGGGCUGAAGAGAUCUCCGAUGGGCCUUUUGCUGGAGGCUCUGGGACAGCAGGAGGAAAACCUCCAAAAGAUUCAGACUUUCCUGGAGGGAAAAAUGAAGGAGUAGCUGCCAUGUUCCUGCAAAACAUAACAACUUUUAAGCUUCUUUACUGUCUGGCAUGUUGACGAUAAACGAAAGUCAAGCAAACCAACAAACGUUAUCUCCUCAGGGUAUCUUGUGACUCUCCGGUCAGAACUUGUCAGGGAUGCUUCUCUUCUCUCCCUCCCCGUCCCCCGUGCAGCUAUGCAAAUUGUGUCCCGUUGCAAACUGAGAAACCUCUCGUUUAUGAAAUCUGCGUUUAAUCAGUCUCGCAAAGUCCUCCGUGUGCACUCUAGUGGAAUUGUGAAAGUGGCUCGCAUGUUUUUGCAGUUUCAACCAGGGCUGAAAAAGCGCUCGCUCAACACGCGCCACUGCCAAGUCAACGGAGCUCUUCGAGUUCACAGAGGAGGAGAGCUCUUCACGUUUUGGCGGAGAACUGUUUACAUCAGUCUGGAGUUGGACUGGAACCAGCGAGAUGCAAAACAAAAGAGAAUCAUGCAAGAAGAGCGAGCCCCGCUCUGACUUCAGUCUGAUCACUUUGUCAAUAUUUGAAAGGGAAAACUCGAAAGGAAUUCUCCUGACCUCUUUAAUCUCGACAGUGCCGGGCGGGUGAUGGAUGAUGAGCUAACGCCACACUUAUCUGACAUGCUAAUCAAUGGCCGCGCAUUUCUGACAGAGUGGAUUCAUCUGCUGUCAAUAAGGCCCUGAACUCAGAUCAGAUACUUUGACGCUGCUCAGUCGAAAAUGGAGUCCGGAUAACAAGAAUACACUUGUGGGGGAAAAAAAAAGAUAAUAAUAAAGAAAUAAACCUGGGAAAACAUGGUGGUAAUUUUUUUUCUGAUAGCUAAUUAAAAAAAUAAUAAAAUAAAUUCUCUCUAUAUAUAUAAUAUA